CACCGAGCAAUGUGUGCGGCCCUGCCCGGCCCCGCUCUGGGCACCAUCUGGGAAACAACAGGGGAAGAGUCUGAAAACAGGGAAGGAAACCUCUGGGGCUGCCCCCGCGCUGACUCUGGCCUCAGGCAAUGGCCCCUGGAAGCAAAUUUAAGAACACUGAAUUGCUGUUACCAUGUGAAUGGAAAGAAUGCUGCUUUGUUGGGAAAUGCAUGGAGGAAUUUUGUAAUCAUAUUGCGGAACACUUGGAAGAGUAUCUACAGCACCCCCUGGAAACAGCAGAGCAGUACUGGUGUUGCUGGAGAAGUUGUGAAUUUGGGGCGAAAGAUGCCAGAGAGCUGAUAACACAUGUCAAUUUUCACAGUUACCACACCAAACUGAAAUUCAUAGGCUCUCAGUUACGAGCAUUGCACCACGAUUUGCCAGCGUGUCUGCAGAACAGCCGUAGCUGGCAUCAGUUACCAAAGACCUCAGAGGAGUUUGUUUGCCACUGGGAGAAUUGUGAUGUUACCUUCAAUAACCCAGUGUGGUUUUAUCAACAUGUUGCUAUUCAUGCCUAUGCUACUGAGGAGGAAACUGUUACAGAUCAGAAGAAAGCUGUUUAUUGUCACUGGAAAGAUUGUUUAGGCGUAUUUAAAGGAAAGCAUAAGUUGUGGGAUCAUUUGAGAACCCACACGCAAGAAAGAGUUGUAGCAUGUCCUACUUGCGGAGGAAUGUUCUCCAAUAACACUAAGUUUUUUGAUCAUGCAAAGAGACAAGUUUCAGAAGAUAUUAAUCAUGUUACAUGUGCCCUUUGUGAUAUGGUAUGCACAAGUGUCUCCUCACUGAAAGCACACAUCAGAUUCCGACACUGUGAUGAACGUCCUUUCCAUUGUCACCUCUGUGACAGCGGUUUUAAGAACGCGUAUGAUCUGCAUAAACAUGUUGAAACACACAAUGAUUCAGAUGCCUACAGCUGUGAUGUUGAAGGAUGUGGUUUUACUUCACGGACUUUACGAACUUUGAGACAGCAUUACAAGAGAGUGCAUGUGAGUAACGGCACUCUGAAAUAUAAGUGCCACAUCUGUCAGAAAUGUUUCUCCUGGAGUUACACAUUGACCCUACAUCUUCAAAAAGCUCAUAAACUCAGCAGUCAUUCUCGCUUCAGAUAUAAAGAAGAUGAUGAGGGUCACAUGAGUUUGAAUUUAGCAGUAUAUCAUGCUGUCAUGGGUUUAGGUCAGGCUUUUAAUAACAAGAUGGUAACAAGUAAGUCUUCACCAAGUCAAAAUAGUUUUGGAAGAGAAGGAGGGGACUCUUCCAAAAGAGACACUUCAGCAGCAGAAGUACUUUUCACACAGCUUCAGCCAUGGCCACAAGCUCCUGGAGAAAAUGUUCUGGUAGAAAUAGAGAAUUCUACACCAGAGCCUGUGUAUUCUGAACUUCAAACAGCUGCACAGCCAUUUGAAACUGUUGUACUUCCACUAAAGUUGAUGAAGCGACACCAAUGAACGCAAAGGAAAAACUAGUAGAAAUGGAACUGGGCUUGGGAGUUCAGAUAGCUUUCUAGAAAAAAGCAUUUUUCUGGAUUUUUACUGUGGAAAGUAUACUCUUCAGAAAAGGGUUUUUUUUUUAAACAAAAUAUGUUUUAAAGUCUUCACUUUUAUCCUUGUCAAUCUCAUAUAUAAUACUGUGUUUUCUCAGCUUUCAUGUUAAAUUAUUCUAAUGUGCUUAGAGAACAUAUGCAAGAUACACACAAUGUUAUGCACAUAUAAUACUUUCAUUUAUAGCCUUUUGGAGAAGUUUUUUUAAAGUUCUGUAUAUUCAUAUAGCAUAUGUGUGUGCGCGCGCGCAUGUGUAUUUAUUUAUUUAUUU